GCAACACGCCAGCAGAAGAGCUCUCCGUGCGCAUGCUCGCAGAUUUAGCAUUAUCGCUAUACUGUAAUGUGUGUGCGCUACUCAAAGGUGUGUUGUCAUCUAGCUCCAUCGGUGUGUGUUAGUUUUGUCCGUGUGUCAGUGUCCGUUGGAGCGGGUCUGUCGGCGUCCAUGUACUGCAGAGAAAAGUUGUAGCCACCGCAGAGCUAUCGGCGUGUCGCUGAAGGAGACGGACUAUGUCGGCAAAUAAAACAAAGAAAGUCAAAAUGGCUACUAAAUCUUGUCCUGAAUGCGACCAACAGAUUCCAGUUGCGUGCAAGUCCUGCCCAUGUGGUUAUGUGUUUAUCAGCAGAAAACUCCUGAAUGCCAAAUUAAACGAGCGGUCCUCUCCAGCCAUAGCAGAAAAGCUGGAGCGGAGGAGGACAGAGCGCAUUCGCAGAGAGAGGAUCGACUCGUCUUUAACCAGCGACAUGGAGAACAGGAGAAGAUCACGCACCAACAGCCAAUCAGAUCCCAUCCGGAGGGGACGGGGCAGACCCAAAACAGUGGGGCUGAAGAAACAGGAAGAGGAAAAAGAGAAACAAGAGAAGGAGGUGGAUAUUUAUGCCGGCCUUUCUGACGAGAAGGCCUUCGUGUUUUCGGUGGCCUUGGCUGAGAUCAACCGCAAGAUCCUGGGCCAAACACUCAUCUUAUAGGUGAAAGCCUGACUGACGAGCAUAGAGAACCUAUCAAAUAGCAAGAAGAUGACCAAAGAGGGCGGAACUGGCUGGAGCUGAACUCUGACCUGGAUCACGUGGAUGACGGGGCAAGAAGGAAAUCCUGGCUCUUCGGCACCUUGCAUUAUACGGCCACCACACACAUGCAAACGUGUUUCUGGACUAAAAGCACGAGUGUGGUUUGUUUAUAAUGAAAUACAUUGUUGCUGAUGACAUUUCUGUUGUGUACAUAAUACACCUGAGUGUAUAAAUCCACUCCAUACUGUGUUCUCAAGGCGUCUCAGUUUCAAUGAGUUUAAUUGAGCAGAGUGAGAGACUGAAGACAUACUAGAUUCAUCUUAUUUGACAUAAAUGAACUGCGCCAUCAAGUGCACAUCCUCAGAUUAACAGAAGGGACCAAGACAUUUUGGUACCUGUGUUUUCUUAAUAACUGAAGAUGAUUCAAAAGCCAAUAGUCUAAAAUGAAAUAAAGUUUUUUAUCGCUGUUAAGUGUUCUAUAGGUAAUGUUGAGCUCCCUCGUUUGAGCUUUCCUAGAGUCAUACAAGAGGUCAGAUAAAUAUUUAUGAGAUUGUGAACAAGUUUUCUUUUAAAAUCCUAUUUUAUCAUUCUGUCCAACUUUUAUUGUUAACUGAUGUUUGAUUACAGAAUCCCAUAUGUGAUUGCAUAUUGUGAUAAUGUCACAAUAUAUUAUAAUUAUAACUGCAUUUAUUCAUGUUUAUUAUUUUUCAUAGAGAUUUAAUGUUCAGUCACAAUCCACCCAGAGUAUGGCAGGCUGUCAGGGCUCUAACAUUCUUCUAUACAGAUUUUAUUUUGAAAAUCAACACGUCCUGCUGGCCGCCAGAGGGUUUCUAUGACUUCACAAUAAUAAAAUCAGUUAAAUGAC